AUGCGCACGGCAGAGGGCGGGAAGCGGCGGCGCGGCGGGAUGAGGCGGCGGCGGGAGGGGACGCGGCAGCCCGGGGAGCAGCAGCAGCAGCAGCAGCCGGGCCGGGCGCUGCCGGCAGCCGUGGGGGCUCUGUGCCGGGCCCUGCCGCCCCAAGCCCGGCCAGCUCCCGAUACCCUCCGCUGCGCCAAGUUCGACCGGCCGCAGGCGAGCCUGGCUUUUUGGAGGCUGCUCUAUGCACUUCUGAAACAGAUCCACGGGGGCAAGAGGACCGAGACUGAUGCCAUAGAUCACCAAAUUAGGUUUGUAAAGUCAGCGUUGUGGUACCAUGGCUAUGGCAGGCCAGAACUCUAUCGGCUCCCCCCCGACGGCUCAGCAGGUAGUCGGGAACUGCUGCUGGCAUUUUCCUGGCUGCUGCACAGACUCGGCCUCUUGGAGCAACUUUUGGCUCGGAACAGAGUAAAGACUGGGGAUGAAGCUUCUGUGUGCACGUGUGAAGAUGAUCUGCUUAGCAGCCAGGAAGGUACAAAUGAAACAGCACCUGAAUAUGGACUAGAAGACGGGGUAGAUGUUCGAUACCUUCAGUGGUUAAACGGAAGGCUGAGGUUCCAGUGGCGGAGUUUGCAUGCUCAGCACCAAGAGCAAUGCAAACUUUUGCACAAGAUCCAUUUAUUCACUAGCGGCUCCCAUAUGGACCAGAUUCUUGGACAUUUUUCUGUCACAGAAACAGAUCUCAUUAGACAGCCAGAGAACUACAAGCAGAUGUUGCAGCUUCUGGAGUCUGAAACCAUGCAACUAGAAGCCUUUCUGGAGUGGAAGCAACUGGAACCAGUUUAUUGGCAGUGGAUGGAAACUGUGUUAGAUAAUAUGGCUGAAGACGGAAAUAUGUGCGAGUCCCAGGGUGCUCAUGUGGAGAGAAGUGGGCUGCCAAAGGCAGCCUCCUGCUGCCCCUGGGCUGACAGUCUGACUGGGCACAUUGACAGAUUAUCCAGAGAUCUGAUGGCUCUCCGUGACCAGCUGCAUGAGCUUGUAACCCACCGAAAGGCUGCUUGGUGUGAGAAGGUGAAAAGAAGAGAGGAAGAACUACAGAAGGAGGGGUUCUCUACUACUGCUAGAAAGAUACAGGAAAGUGUUGAACUAAAACUGCUAGAUCUUGCAUACCUUUGUGCUCCAAAAAAAAAUAGAAUGCAUGGUUCUUGCAGACUGGUGUUCAGAAGCAAACAUCCUGCCAGCAAAACAGGCUUUAGGAGGUCUGUGUGCAAGGAGCCUGUUUCAGCUGUCAGUGCUACAGAGGUGAUCAGAGACCUGCAGAUGAGAGAGGCCAGCCUGGAGAGAGAGCUGAAGCAGCUGCAGGAAGAGUGCAGGCAGAGGCUGGAUGAAAUUGCAGAAGGGUUGGAUGGAGUGAUUUGUAUCUCCCCUUGAAGAGGUAAAGCUGGACUGGGAAGAGCAAAGGAACAGGCUGACUUGAUCAGAAGAAAUUGUGCAGGUUGGCAUGGGGGAAUGUGAGGUGAGGAACCAGCUGUAAUGGCUAAUUUUUGAGCCUGGGAUUCGUAACUUGUUACUGCUUUUGGACUUGCACUGGGGCCAUAACCUUGGUGGUCCUCUCUCCAGCCCCUUUGCUGCUAACUUUGCCAAUUAAACUCUGCAGCAGGCCUUGCUGGGAGUGUGCAUAAAUCUCCCUUUUAUCUUUCAGAUUUCUAGUUCUUCUGCCAAGCACUGGGCUCUUUUACAGUGCUCAGCUGCUAGGCAUGGCAUACAUUGAGGCUGUGCAUUGAAGUACUAAUUGCAUUCAGUAUUUUCCAGCAAAUGGAAGAGUUCAUUAGUCAGAAAAAUUCAGGUGUUGAGGAACAUGUAAAGUACUAAGGCUUAGAGACAUUGGAAUGUUCAAGUGUGCUAUUUUAAUUCAGCUGGUUUGCAUAUUGGUGGCAGCUAUAAUCCAGUCGCCAUAAGGAAAAACAAUUACCUAAUGAUAAAGCCACACACUGCUUUUGUUUACUGGUGUGAUGCACUCAAAGAGAGCAAACUAGAAACCCAUUCCACCAAGUUAUGAGUAAAUAAGUUAACUUACAGAUCUGCUGUGGGAAAUUCUGUAAAAUAGAAAUAUGACCUUAACUUCUAAGCUUGAGGAGUCUCCAAGCUCUGUCUCUGGAGGCUUCUUCCUCUGAAACAUGGAAAUGUUUUUCACUUGGCGUUCUAUCCUUUUUUUGUUUUGCUUUCACCAAGGAAUAUUUUUGUAUCCUAGUUGUACACUUUCAGGAAUAAAUAAAUUUUUAUAAACCA